AGUAAAUACAACAGCCAAAUGUGGCCAUGUAGAGCGACGUGAUUGGUCAAUAAUUUAGUCACGUGAUCAAAUAGUCCAACAUGGCAGCCACCAGGCCCGGAAACCCAGACCGAGGCUGGAAUGACCCGCCCAUGUUCAUGUACGAUGCCCAAAACAAGGCGCAGGAGUCACCAAGGAGGGCACUUCCGACAAAACGUGUGGCAUUCCCUCAGGGUGCACCUCCACAACCUGCAAAUGCCCCAAUUGCACCCCCUGCAAUACCACCAACAGGAGAAGUCCCAAUAAGGGCACCACCAAAACUAUCAACUUCCCCUCCAGACUCCAUCCUGUUCACCCCUCCAGAUGGUACAGUCCCGAGUGGUUCCCCUACAGGGCCUGUCCUCAUGCCCCCUGUGACUGACACGGCCCUCCCCCCACCCCCCUCCCUCGGACCUACCUUACCUGUUGUCGUCAAUGGACCUCUCUUAUUCAACCCCAACAGCCCUCAAGUCCUAGGUACGUCCUCUGAUUCCGCGAAGACGGCUCCAGACAAAGCUGAGGAGAUGAUCAAGGAACGUGCAAGUCAUGAUGACAAAGAUCUUUGCAGGAGGAGUGUCGAAAGUCUUAGGAACACCUUACAUGCAGUCAGUGAUCUUGGAGUGGAACAAAGAGUGUGUGAUGAGGUGGGCAGGAAGCUGAUGAUGCUGGAGAACAUGUGGACAGCAGGGAAACUGUCCAGGCCAGUCCAGGUGUACACUGAUGUCCUGGCUACAGCCCUGAGUGACCGUGACUGUGACCUGGCCCAUGACAUGCACCUGAAGCUCAUGUUGGACCACGUUUCUGAGGUCAGGCAGUGGAUGGUGGGAGUGAAACGGCUGAUCCAAGAAGCAAGAAACCUCCCUCCAAAUCCAAGCAAGGCAGAAACAGUAGCUCAGGAAACAGAACACAGCCCAGAUGUGAACAAAAAGGAAGAAAAGAAAGACAAUACAGAAGUUGAUGAGACAAAACUGGAGGAGCUCGCAAUCAGUGACCAGACAGAGAAAGGAACAGAGAAAACAGACAAUGAGAUAGAAAGCUUUGAAGCAAACUCUACAAUCAAUGAUUCAUAAUAGAAAAUUGUAUCUUGACAAACAUCCUACAUCAGACAGUGCAAAAGGCUUUCCACUGUUGAAUGAUUCAAAGACUGUUGUGCUCAAAAGCUUUUGUCACAGACCACACCAAUCUGAUUCCUUCAUUCUCAGAUUUGAGAAAUAUAAUGCUUAAACCAUCUACUUUCAUUUUGACCUCUUGUUGGAUUUUUACUAAUAAGUGCCAGAGGACCAAGGGAGUAAAUUGGAGUGGUCUUAAAAACCAAAGGUCAGUUAAAAACUGUCAAUUUCAGGGCAAAUGUAUGUGUAAUGCAUGUAUCAGAUAUUUCCCCAUCCUGUGAUGAUUUAACCCACUGUAAUAGACUGCAAACUGUUUUAAUUUUUGCGUCAAUUGCAUCAUCUUGUGAGUUGUGAAAUUAUCAAAUUAUUUUCAAACAGGCUGUCAUGGGUGGCUAUUGACAUGUAGUUUAUUUCUAAAAAGUUAACAGUAUAUGCUGAUAAUUUGUAAAUGUGCAAAGUUAUUUUUAUACUAGAUAGUGUACAGUGUAUUCAAAGUUACAUGAUUUUUGAGAUCUGAAAUUAUGGCAAAUGCGAAAUGCUCUGUGGUGGUUGGGUUUUUUUGUGUAACAAACUUUAUAUGACCACACUAAAAUUUUAGAUACAAGUAGGAACUCUCUCAAGACUAUUUAUUGAUGAUAUUUCUAAACAAAUAAGUACAUUAAGUAAGCUGUGUUCUUUUAAAGACAAAGUCAGAACUGACAUUUGCAAUUCCUGUGUUUGAUUUGCCAGUAAAGCCAAUCAUGAUAUUCUAGUUGUCUUCUGUGAAACAUAGCAGAAUUUAUCAGAUAGGUUCCAGAGACAAGAUAAUUUUAGCCUCAAGUGAUGUGUUUGAAAAUUUUGCAGAAAUAUUAAUAGGAAAAGGCUGAAUUACAUUUGUACAUCAUUUGUACUCUUCUGAAAGAAGAGUUGCAAUUAAGAAUCAGAGGUAGCAUUUUGUUUGUGCAAUAGUCAAGUCUAACUUAUAAUCUUGCAAUUUAAUAGUGUUACAUUAGUGUGCCAGUACUUCCCACU